CUGCGUGAUAGUCGGCGGUGGAACCGUGGCAGAGGGCAAGAUCAGCCGCCUGCUGGAUCCGGCGCGGACAUCUGCGUCGUUAGCCCCGACGCGACUCUCGGCAUCCGUCAGUUUGUGGCCGACGGGGACGUACGCUGGGAGCAGCGCAAGUACGAGAAAGGCGACCUGGACGGAGCGUUCAUCGCCAUCGCAGCCACCAAUGUCCGCGAGGUCAACCGGCGCAUAUUCGAGGAGGCCGAGGAGCGGGGCGUCAUGCUCAAUGCCGUGGACGACCCGCCCAACUGCAGCUUCAUCGCACCAUCCAUCGUGCAGCGAGGGCCGGUUACCGUGGCCAUCUCCACCGGUGGCGUCUCCCCGGCCCUGGCGCGCAAGCUGCGGGAGUCGUUGCAGACCUCCGAUGCCCUCGCCUGGGCCGACCUUUCCAGCGUUAUGGCGGUGGCCCGCUCGCACCUGCGGGAGGCGGGGCUGCUAUCCACCAUCGACCCGCAGCGCUGGCAAUGCUGCAUAACCCCGGAGCUGCUGGCGAUGGUGCAGGACGGCCAGCAGACUGAGGCUACGGAAAAGCUUCUCGCUGGGCUGACCGGAGACGAUGGCCGGGGCCUAUGCCAGGACAUCUCGCAGUGCCAUGACGGAGGGUGCCAACUGGCCCGCGCCGGGGAACGGUCAUGA